UUAUCACCAGCACAUUCUAGGUCAUAUAUACAAUGUGCAUGUGAGCAUUAUACAAUGAAAGAAAGAAUGAAUGAAAUAAUAAAGGACAUAACCACAGUAACUCUCAGAGUAACAAACAGGAACACUUUGUCUUCCUCCUGCCUGUCAGCUCUCCUCCAAUCAGAGGGCGCGCUGCUCUGAACACGCCCCUCUCGUGCCGCAUCGGGCGCGUGCGGUGCGGUUUGAGCAACAUCUGCGGCGCGCGGGCGUUUUUCGUGCGUCUCGUGGGGAAAAGAUCAUCGAUGAAGGCGAUAAGAAGAUAAGAAGCUCGAUUCCUGACAGCGCUGUGUUUGGAAACAGACUGAGAGCGAAGAGGAGGAAGAGGAAGUAACCGCUCUCCUCGUGAGGAUGGGAGGGAAAUGAUCCUCACCUGUGUGGGUUAUUGUUUCACACACAGAGGAGGAGGAUGGAGGUGAAACAGAUGGAUGGAUGCAGAGACAGAGACGCAGAGUCCGGGGACGCUCCGGUCAUCAUCGUGGAGAACGAGGCGGAGAGCGUGCCGGUGCACGAGGACAAGUCCGCUUCGAUCGGUCACGAUCACCUGGACACGUGCCCCUCCUGCCACCUGAACUUCCACAGCCGCGAGCCCAAACUUCUGCCGUGUCUCCACUCCUUCUGCAGGAGGUGCUUGCCCGCACCCUCCAGGAGUCUGUCCGUGACGGAGCUGCCCAACUCCCUGACUGACAGCGCCACCAAACCACUGAACGUGAUCCGGUGUCCGGUGUGCAGGCAGGAGUGCAUGGAGGUGGAUGUGGUGGAAAACGUGUUUGUGAAGGACUCGGCUGAGUCUCCCAGCAGCACCGUGGAGAGGAGCACCCAGCUCUGUAUGACCUGCGAUGACAACACGGAAGCUGCCGGGUUUUGCGUGGACUGUGUUGAGUACCUCUGUGGCACGUGUGUGGAAGCCCACCAGAGGGUCAAAUUCACAAAGGACCACACCAUCAGACAGAAGGCAGAGGUAUCAUCAGAGGUCCAUGGAGUGUCGACACAGAGGCCGAUGUUCUGUGACAUCCACAAACAAGAGCCGCUGAAGCUGUUCUGUGAGACCUGUGACCAGCUGACCUGUCGUGACUGCCAGCUCGUGAAGCACAAGGACCACAA